AGCCAGUGCACUGCUGUGAAUAGGUAAUACAAACUGACUAACAGCCUAGUCGGACUUAAUACACAGUUACAUAAUGUGUUAUUAGGCAAAACAGAGGAAGGUUUGAAGGUCAGUCUACAUAUGCAGUCAAUAUGGUACACACAUCUCAAAUGUAUACUCAAACUUAAGAUCAGUACAGGACAGUGGGACUGGUUGCGUGCUGGGGAUCAGCUGUAACAACAACUGAGACCAUGGAAUAUGUUGAGACUUUCCCCCAUUAUGAUUACGAGUUAAAGACCGUGGUGACUGGUCACAGUCAUCAACUAGCAAACAUGAGGCAGCAUGAGUUAUCCACUGGUGAUUCUGCUCUGUGUGGGACUACUGCACCCGACUGCGAGGGCCGUCCUCAUGGAUAAACUAGCAGACAACAAGAUUUGUGGAGAUGCAGAAUGCUCAUAUGUUCUCUCAAUGGCCACAGCCUUGGAUGACUUCAUUGCUCCCGACUGCAGAUUCAUCAACAUUAAGAAGGGUCAGAUGGUUUAUGUGUAUUCUAAACUCGUGCCAGAGGAGGGCGCCGGAGUCUUCUGGUCUGGAAGUGUUUACAGUGAGCGCUAUGUGGACCAGAUGGGCAUCAUUGGAUACUUUCCUGCAACUGUGGUGAAGGAGACACAUACGUUUGUGCAAGACACAGUUCAGAUUCCCACAGCUGAGAUGGACUUCUACUGUGAAUAAGACAUGACAGACCAAAGGCUCAUCUUUCUUCUCAAGUCUUGCUUUCAGUAACUCUGGAAAGUAGACAGCUUUUCUCUCAAGCUGGCGUGUCUGGCUAUGUGACGUUACAUCCUGUGUUGUCUCCAGUGGGAAUGAAAACCUGGACACUCUCAGUCCUCCUUUGCCCACAGUCUGACACCCCUACUCAGCUAGUCCUUUCUGUCUGAGACACUUUGCUCAAUAAACCCAUUUUCAAGUCAA